AGAUGCACAACUUGAGCAAGAUGUAGCUGUCACAGCGAUCCUAGUCGUUCGAUUUGUUUCUGAUCUGAUCAAUCAUCCCAGCCGUAUCGAUCGUCCGAAAUCUGAAGGAAACUCGCGCGCGAACAAUCAAUCAAUCAUUCAACGAGAUCCACGACCUGAUUUACAACACGAUGCCCAUCCUCACUCGCCGAAUCAACUCCCUGGUCAUCUCCACGACUAGCCGUGCAAGCCGGACGGUCUUCCGAACUUACUCUCAACAUGUGCCCAAGAGCCACAAGGUCUACGCGUCGGCUGAUGAGGCUGUGAAGGAUGUCAAAAGCGGGGAUAUCCUUUUGAGCGGAGGAUUCGGACUAUGUGGAACGCCCAACACCCUCAUUCAAGCCCUAGCCAAACGACCGGAGAUCACCAACCUCACAGGCGUCUCCAACAACGCCGGUGUAGGCUCCAAAGGGCUCGGUCUCUUACUGGGGUCGGGUCAGAUAGGGAAGAUGAUCGCUUCCUACAUCGGAGGGAAUAAGGAGUUUGAAAAGCAGUAUUUGACGGGGAAGAUCGAUGUGGAGUUGACACCACAGGGGACGUUGGCGGAGAGGAUAAGGGCGGCGGGGGCGGGGAUUCCGGCGUUCUUUACGGCUACUGGGUUUGGGACGCCGGUUCAGGAUGGGAGUGUUGCUAUGAGGAAUGGACCUGAUGGGAAGGCAGUCAAAUACCCCUCUAAACGAGAAGUCCGCGAAUUCAACGGCAAGCAGUACUUGAUGGAAGAAGCUAUCAAGGGGGACGUCGCCUUUAUCAGAGCUUGGAAGGUCGACGAGGCGGGCAACGUCGUCUUUAGGUACGCGGCGCAUAAUUUCAGUGCGGCGAUGGCGAGGAGCGCGAGGAUGACUAUUGUUGAAGCGGAAGAGAUCGUACCUAUCGGCUCGCUCGACCCGAUGGAGAUCCACCUUCCGGGGAUCUACGUGAAUAGGAUCGUCAAAGCGACCACACCCAAAGAGAUCGAGAUCGAGACUCUGGCGCCCGAGCCGGGGAAUGAUGAUAAGGAGAAGGCUAGUCUGGGGACGGGCGAUGCGAGGGCGAAGAGGGAACAGAUCGUCAAGCGAGCGGCCUUGGAGUUGCAAGACGGAUUCUACGUCAACCUAGGGAUCGGGAUGCCCACCCUGAUCCCAAAUUUCUUGCCUGAGGGAAGGAACGUCUGGUUGCAGUCCGAGAACGGGAUCUUGGGGAUGGGUCCGCUACCCACGAGAGCUCAGAUGGACGCUGAUAUUAUUAACGCUGGGAAGGAGACUGUCACCUUGAUGCCUGGAGCCGCGACGUUCGAUUCGGUCGAAUCGUUUACCAUGAUCCGAGGGGGACACGUCGACGUCUCGGUACUAGGCGCCAUGGAAGUGAGCGCAGCAGGAGAUCUAGCCAACUGGAUCAUCCCGGGGAAACUCGUCAAGGGAAUGGGAGGCGCGAUGGAUCUGGUCUCUUCGCCCGAUGAGACCAAGGUCAUCGUGGUGACCGAUCACUGUGAUAAGAAGGGCCGACCGAAGAUUCUGGAUACUUGUUCGUUGCCGUUGACAGGGUCGAGGUGUGUGAGCAUGAUCAUUACCGAGUUGGCCGUCUUCGAGAUCGACCGAAAAGCGGGGAAGAUGACCCUGAUCGAGCUGAUGCCCGGUGCGACGCUAGAGGAGGUCAAGGCCAAGACGGGAGCCAAGUUUGAGGUUGGCGCGGGGAUCGAGGAGAAGCAGGUCUGAGCGGACGCGGACGCAGGGGGCAGGCGCGGGCGAUGUGAUGUGGUGUACAAAGGUGGAAAUGGGUUUUUGUGGAUAUGCUUUCGUAUAGAUCAAUAACGAUACAACUUUAUGGGUUUAGAUUCAGAUUCGGACUUUAAAGUAAUUGAAAUUUGUUGUUACGGUCUGAGCGCUUUGAAACAUGGCUUGGCGUGUCGCAUUGUCUUGAUCAGUUUGAUCGGGGGAUACGAUCAGCAUCCCGCCUUGAGCAGCCAUCUUUGCCACUGCUUGUCGUUCGAAAUGGUACCCAAGCUACGCAUGGACCCAGCAAAAGAGGUUCGAGGAUGCGGUGCGCCGACAGAUAGGAUGACUAUGCCCUGGUGAUCCGAUCGCUAGUCACACG